AAAUCAACAUUUGUUGUCUGGCGGGUUGGUCGCUUGUUGACUUUUGUAGAUGAUUAAACCAUAUGCUUCUAUUUAUGAUCCCAAGAUUGUCGUAAUCUGAGGCUUAUGUCUAUGUUGACUGAUUAUUAUUGUUUUCCGUAGUGAGUGUAGUUGCAUUGCUUGCACAUCCGAAGUCGUUGACACACGUUUUCCUAUGUUCUCUCCAGCCCACCUCAAUCUCCCUUCUACUUAUUCCCCAAAUUCUCAAAACAUAUUGUGGCUAGACGCAAACCUUCACAAUUUUCAAUAGUUUUUAAAAAUGGAUCCAGCUCAAGAACAUAACUCAGGGAUACAUACAAAUAAUGUCCAGGGAGCACUUCGGCAGCUUGAUUUGUUGGUCGAAAAGGCGGAGCUCUAUGCUCAGGUGAAACUUAUUGGUUCUGGAACAAAAGAUUUGUCUAGUCCCUCAAGAAUUAAGCAAGAGCAGCCCAUUAGUUCUCCUACUUCCCACUCAUUUGGAGACCAUCGACAUCGUCGUACUGAAAAAGAAGAAGAUGAAGAACUAUUGACCGAAACUAAGCAUAGUUCAUCUGGUAUUCAGCGUUUUGAAGCUUCUCCGUGGUAUGUAAAGGGAGGAGAGAUGCGUGAUUAUCAAAUCCGUGGUCUAAAUUGGAUGAUUCAGCUCCAUCAUAGUAGUAUAAAUGGAAUUCUAGCCGAUGAGAUGGGAUUAGGGAAAACUUUACAAACAAUAUCAUUACUUGGUUAUAUAAAACACUGUCGACACAAACAUGGGCCACAUAUGGUAAUUGUGCCUAAAUCUACGCUUUCCAACUGGAUGAAUGAAUUUGCUCGUUGGGUUCCUUCUUUGCGCACAGUUUCAUUAAUUGGAAACCAUGAAGAAAGGAGUCAAAAAAUACAAGAGGAGAUCUUGAAAAAGGAAUGGGAUGUUAUUGUCACAAGUUACGAAAUGUGUAUUAAAGAGAAGGCGGUUCUGAAAAAAUUUCACUUUAUAUAUUUAAUAAUAGAUGAAGCCCACCGAAUUAAAAAUGAAAAGUCGAAAUUGUCAGAAAUUGUCCGGGAUUUUCGCUCUCAAAACCGUCUCUUGAUUACCGGUACACCUUUGCAAAAUAAUUUACAUGAAUUAUGGGCUUUAUUAAAUUUCCUAAUGCCGGAUUUGUUUUCUUCAUCUGAAAUGUUUGAUGAUAUGUUCAAAACGGGUAAUGAUCAAGAAGAGAGUUUAGUUCAACGUCUACAUGCAGUUUUAAAACCAUUUUUGUUAAGACGAAUUAAAGCUGAUGUGGAGAAACGUUUACCACCAAAAAAGGAGUGCAAGAUUUAUAUUGGUCUUAGUAAAAUGCAACGUGAUUUGUACACCAAGAUUUUAAUGAAAGAUAUUGAUGUGGUGAACUCUGUAGGGAAUAAAGUGGAUCGUCUUCGCCUACUAAAUAUUCUCAUGCAACUUCGUAAAUGCUGUAACCAUCCUUAUUUAUUCGAUGGGCUAGAACCAGGCCCUCCGUAUACAACGGAUCGUCAUCUUGUUGAUAAUUGUGGAAAGCUGAUGUUACUGGAUAAACUGUUGCCGAAACUUAAAGAACAAGGAUCACGAGUCCUUUUAUUUUGUCAAAUGACGCGAAUGAUGGACAUUCUUGAAGACUAUUGUUUGUGGCGCGGCCAUGAGUACUUUAGACUAGACGGAUCCACACCUCAUGAAGAACGCCAGAUUUCAAUUGAUGAAUACAAUCGUCCAGGUUCCACCAAGUUUCUUUUCAUGCUUUCUACAAGGGCUGGUGGUUUGGGUAUCAAUUUGGCCACAGCCGACGUAGUUAUCAUCUAUGACUCAGACUGGAAUCCUCAAGUUGACCUUCAGGCCAUGGAUAGAGCACAUCGUAUCGGACAAACCAAAACUGUACGCGUUUUUCGACUAAUUACAGAACAUACAGUUGAGGAACGUAUUAUUAUGCGUGCUGAGAUGAAGCUCAAAUUGGAUAACUUGGUUAUUCAACAAGGUCGUCUUGUUGAGCAAAAAUCAAACCAACUUCAAAAGGGUGAUGUUUUAGAUAUGAUCAGACAUGGUGCCAAUUACAUUUUCCGUAGCAAAGAUAGUGAUUUCAAAGACGAGGAUAUUGAUAUUAUCUUAGCUCGAGGUGAACAAAAGACUGCUGAAAUGAAUGAAAAACUGGCUCAAUUGGGAGAAUCUAAUUUAAGGUCUUUAAAAUUCGAUACGGCAGAUGAAAAUGGUGCACCAACAUCAGCAUAUAUAUUCGAGGGGGAAGAUUAUCGAGAAAAACAAUGUCGCACUUCCUUAUUAGAUGGUUGGAUAGAACCUCCGAAACGCGAACGCAAAGCAAAUUAUGCGGUUGACGCAUACUUUCGGGAAGCGCUUCGUGUCUCUGAACCUAAAGCACCGAAACCACCUCGACCACCAAAGCAACCAAAUGUGCAAGAUUUCCAGUUUUUCCCCCCUAGACUUUUUGAGCUUUUAGAUAAAGAAAUAUAUGCAUUCAGAAAGAGUAUUGGUUAUAAGGUUCCUCGUAACCCAGAUGCUGGGCCAGAUGGUGAGCGUGAUCGUCUGGAUGAACAAGCUAGAAUAGAUGAAGCUGAACCAUUAACUGAGGAGGAACUUGCCGAGAAGGAAGAGCUUUUAACACAAGGUUUCACAAACUGGUCGAAACGUGAUUUUCAACAGUUCAUCAAAGCCAACGAAAAACACGGUCGUGAUGAUUUAGAAGCAAUUUCAGUAGAUGUAGAAGGUAAAACUCCAGAUGAGGUUAAACGGUAUGCCCGUGUUUUUUGGACAAGAUGUAACGAGUUGCAAGAUGUCGACAAGCAUAUGGCUCAGAUUGAGCGUGGUGAGGCGAAAAUCCAAAGAAGAGCUGCUGUAAAACGUGCUCUUGAUCUAAAGAUGGCCCGAUAUCGAGCGCCGUUUCACCAACUUCGGAUACAAUAUGGAACAAAUAAAGGGAAGAACUAUGUUGAGGAGGAAGAUCGUUUCUUAAUCUGCAUGCUUCAUAAACUUGGUUUCGAUCGUGACAAUGUAUAUGAUGACUUACGUCUUGCAGUUCGCUUGGCCCCACAGUUUCGAUUUGAUUGGUUUUUGCGAUCUCGCACAGCAAUGGAACUACAAAGACGUUGCAGUACUCUUAUUACUUUGAUUGAGAGAGAAAUAUGUGACUUAGAAGACCGAACAAAACAGCGUAGUGGAGCAGGCGCGAAUAAUUUACCACUCACUCCUGCAAAUUCCGGACCAUCUAACACAUCCACAGUAUCCAACCAAAAGCGGAAGUCAACUGCAGCUGGUGGGAUUAACUCGGAUUCAACUGCAGAAAUUUCCGGAAACGCAAAGAAAAAGAAGGUCACUGCUUAAAUAACAAUGAUUUGUAAAUGUCUCUGUCUUAUACUCUUGUUGUAGGCCUCUUGCAUUUGAUUUUAUGUACUCAAUUCCUUUGAUUUCAUACUGGUGUAUUGUUUACCAAAUCUUACAUAAAUAAAGAUUUGUAAUUAAUAUACUCCUUGCCAAAUAUUUUCAUUUGGUAUCUAUAAUAAUCUGAAGUGUAACAACGUUCAACAAUAAGAAUAUUUUAGUGUACACUAAAGCAUUAACUCGCUUCACAUAUUUUUGAUUUCUGCUAAAUUGUCUUAUACAUUUAAAUUCAUAUAAUUAAUGAUCUACCUAAUGAGAACGAUUAAUGACAGAGAAUUCACCUAAAUCAUUCUCACUCAUUUGAUCAAAAACUCAAAAUAUAACUUUCUCAUAUCA